AUGUCUACGCGGCUCCAGGACAAUCACGACGAACCGGACGCAGACUAUGAGUUCCUAGAGGCCGAAGCCAGACGGUACAAGCACGCAGUGAUCUCACUCGUCGAAACUAUCCGGAAGAAUACUCCGGAGGAGACCCUGAGGCUUAUCGAGGCCAUCCGCAACACCAAGUCGGUCCCAGAGGCCGCUGAGCUUGUCAUGCAGCUACCUGGCUCUGGGAGUCCAUCAGGAGGGAAUGUUCAAGGAGGAACCGGGGCGGGCACUCGGUCAUGA